GGCAAGCUUUUAACUUGAGACGGGAUUAAAACAAAUGAAAUCAUAAAUUAUGGUGACGCAGAUAAAUCGGAAAUUAAAUAACCUUUCAUUUACUGUAAGACACUCUAUGAGUGAAAUAUUUUUUAGAGGUGUGUUCAGUCAAAUCUCUAGCCAUGGUGGUAGAGAACUAGAAACCAGCCGAGGGACCCUUCUGUAUCUCUACUUAAGUCAGUUGGAAUUCUGUUAGAACGGAUUUCUGUAGCACCCUGAUAUAAAAAGUAACCAUACAUACAUAUUUUCAGAAUUUAUGUCAGAAAGCCAAAAACUCUCGAAACGAUCAGACGUUCUAAGAAGGUUUACUGUAGUUUAUAAAAGCUUAAAAGAUAAGAGAUAUCUUGGUGAAGAUUUUUAGUUCUCCUGCCAUAAUCUUGCAAACGGACCGGAAAGAUAGUCUGUGUCUUCAUAGAAAAUAUAAGCUAUAUUUCGAAAUAGAAAUGAUACUGUUUGUUUUUAUUGUCUCUACAUGUUUUCUACCGCACGUUUAUAAUGGAUAUUCUAGGCCUUCCUAUCAAGUGCACUUACACAGCAAAAAUAACUCAGGAUAUUUACUUGACAAUAUAUGCUAUGGAAAUAUUCUGCAAAGUCAUAUUGUCUUAACCGCAGCGUCAUGUUUAUUAGCUGUUUCUGAAUUCCCAUACAAGACAAAACUCAUUCAAUUUGAUAAAAUAUUUGUAUCCUUUAAAAGUGAAGACAUGAAUGAUUUAAUUGUUUUUGUUAGCAGCAUUCAUGUUUAUCCUAAAUUUGAUUAUUUUACUUUGGAUCAUGACAUAGCUCUGGUAAAUCUUAGUUCGCCCCUACCAUUGUCACUGCGUGAUGACGUCAACUGGAUUUUAUUGCCGAAAUUAAUAAUAAAUACGGAGUCUUUCUUGGAAGAAGACACUAAUAUAUGGAGGAACUCCUAUACCGAAAACAAAUUAAGAGGAUAUGGUGUACUAUCUGCAAAUAAUUUAGUGGCAAUUGUAACACUUGCUCCCCGUAUAGAUAAACUGCGUGAUAAAAAUGAAACAAAUAUUUUCGAUGGAUAUAAAAAUCGGAUAACCCUUCUUUUUCCAUAUUUGAGUUGGAUAUUUGAAAUCUUAGAAGAAGCUGAGAUCACAGAUAUCCAAACCGGCAUUUCUACGAAUUCACUACCAUAUACCGAAAGGAAGAACGCUGAAAUGGGUUUGUGCUCUUCAUGAAAGAAUCUUAAAAACUCUGGGACUGUCGCUUAAUAAAUUGUGUAAACUCUUUAGAGAUAAGAUGUAAUCAGAUGUAAUUCAGAAAAAGUUAGGAAAACUAUAUCCUAGAAUGGGUGAGACGCUACAAGAACUUAAAUACGUGCCUCGUAAAGUCAAUAAAUAUUAAAGAGAGUCGAGGCAAGGCUUCUGGGAAAUCGGACAAUUAUUGUCCAAAACGAGAAGUUAUCAGAGCUAGGAAAUAACUAUUGACACUUUCGGGGUGUCCGAAAAACAACCCGCAUUUAAAGAUAAUUUGAAUCAAAUGGCAGAAAAGUACCCAUCAAAUCAGUUUUUCAUCAAUUUGCUCAAGCAAGACGGAUUUUUACAUUUCUCUUCUAUUACUGAUUUUACUGCGUAUGCGAACGACAAAACUGUCCCUACAAGAUUUUAUUGUGAGACACGAUAUUGGCUCAACCGAAAACUCGAAAUAUGUAAUGUUCUGCUCAGUGUGAGAGCGAGUAUGCGUGGUGUUUUUCUGAUUUUCCAGUGAGCAGAACGGAGAGGAAAUAAGUGUUGACAGUUAUUUGCGAGCUGAGAAAGUUAGUGAUAAAAACCUUUAAGCCAAUUCUUAUCUGCGGACUUUUAGAUUAAUAAAGAAGUAUAUUAUGGCUCGGAGAUUUGCAAGGGCUCUGGGAUUACAAUGAACUCGUAACUAAAUUAAAAUUAAUAGAUUUGAUAGAUAUAGAAAACCGUAGCUUUUACAAACGAUACAUUUUUCUUUCGACUCUUUUCAAAGUCGAAAUAUUUAAAUAUUUAACACUAUGUCUAACUUACUUAAGUUAUGUUGUAAAAAGCCAGGUAUGCUCUAAAAAAAAAAAUGUUGUACCGAAUUCAAGAAAAGUUGUAUGUGGUUUUCUAAAGUUAUUAAUUACUUUAAUAA